UUUUCAUUCCAAUUUCCAUCACUACCAAAAAUAAAUUCUCUUCUUCUUCAACCCAAUUCCCAACAAUGGCGUCCUCUUCAAUUCCAUUGCUUCUCCUCUCGCUAAUCAUUCUCCUCUCAACCACCACCACCACCUCCGCCGGCAGACUCUGCAAAACCCUCUACGUCUCCUCCUACACCUUCUCCAUCCGCCCCCUUAACCCUAACCCUAACUCCAACAACAAUCCCUCCUCCGGGUUCGUCACAAUCGUCACCGAAAUCACCCAACAACAACAGCACCAACGCUCUCGCUCCGAUUUCCUCCUCGAUCCCCGGAUUUUACGGUUAGUAAACGACCGGAACUCUCGCUCCCAGCCGCUUAUCCCAAAACGACAGGAGAAGGAAGAACAAAUUGGUCCUGUUCUGCCGUUUGGGCUUGGGCUGGGGCUGUCGUCGUAUGAUAUAAACUCGCUGCGUGAUCGGACUAAGGAUAUUCUCAGUGUGGUGGUGGCUUUGCUUUUUGGUGUUGGGUGUGGGGCUUUAACUGCUGCUACUAUGUACUUGGUUUGGUCUCUGUUUGCUACCCGAUAUGAUUAUCAUUAUGAUGGUGAAUUUGAUGGUGAGGAUGAGGAUGUUGAUGAUGUUAAGAAGAUGGGUUAUGUUAAGAUUCCUGAUGCUGAUAAGAAGCAGGUUAAAGAGGUGGUGUAAAUGCUGAUUUGUAAGGGUUUUUAGGGUCUUUUAUUACUGUGAAUUGCUAUGUUGAACUGUCAUGCUUAUUAAUAUGUUAUGUUUGGUGGAUUACUAUUGAACUGUUAAUGAUGUUUUUCUUAA